AUGUCACGUUUGGAACUAGCUAAAAAAGCGAUUGAAGAAGGUGUAGCACAAUAUCUUGCGAAAAUCGAUCAAGAUCCAUCGGAUAAUAAAGCGUACAUCGCGUUUGAGGCUACUUUAGAGAACUAUUUAUCGAAUCCAUCGAAUUAUUCUGAACAAGAACAGGUUGAUCUUUUGAAUAGCUUGCAGAAUGCUAUCGUCUAUUCACAGGAUGGCACCAAAAAGGAGCAGCUUUUGGAUACUUUCUCUUGGACAAUUUUUUCGAUACUUGUACCUUAUUUGUCACAACAUGAGUCCACGUCAGAAGUUGCUCUGACGAUUUUUGAAUUAAUUGCACAGAGUAGUAUUCGUGAAACUUAUACUAUGAUAUUUGAGAGAUUUAGUUUGCUAGAUUGGGAAAAAGCAGAUGUUUCGGCUUCAGAGUUUGCUGGAUUGAUAAAGCGGUUCAAAAGAAAUACAUUUUUAAAAUUUUGUGGCGAGACUAUUCGUUAUGUCGCUAGGGUAUGGUCAGAAUUGGAAAAUUUGAGUGGCGAAUCUCUCGAUCUUGUUAUAGAGAGUUUAAUCGACUUUGCAGAAACAGUGACGCAAACUGUGGAUUUUGAAAGCGCGGAACAUCGUUUGACCGUCGCACCGGAGAACAUUCCAGAUCUCGAGUUUUUUUUAGUCAAUUACCUUCUUAUCACAUCUUUUGAAAAAUACAUCCGGUCCGUAGAUAUUCCAAUGUCGACUAUGUAUUACGAAAAGUUUCAUCCCAAAUUUAACAUUCCAUGGAGAAAGAAACAAAGUAAAGAUAGUAGGUUGGUUGAUGGAGGGCGGAUUGGUAGAUUGAUGAAAGCUAGCAUUUUUUCUGGAAUUUCGGAUGAACAACUUGUAAAUUAUGUUAUUAAUGUAAGACAAAAAACUCAACUCACUGAAGAGGAUCUGAAUGCAGAAGAAACUAGCUCAACUUUCGAUACUUUGGAUUAUCCUAUUUCAUCAGGAGGGGUUUUAACUUAUUUAGCAUCAGUUAUAUAUUAUGAAUCUAUUGCUCAAGAGGGAUCGAGUAUUAAGAGGAACUUGUUUUCAGAACCACCCGAUUCAAUGUUUAAGAAGAUUAUACCAAUCGCGACCAGAUUUUUCAUGACAGAUGGGGCGCAAGAACAUGAAAUAAUUGAUAAGAUAUUGUUGGUAUUGAUAUACUUGUCUGAAAGGAAUGAUGAGAAUACCAUUACUCUACCAAAUUUGAAUGCAAAGCUGACCAAGGAUGAAGUAACCCUUGAGAUGUUAUUUCAGGCAUUAUCUUCAUUCGCAUCGACUUCACCUAAUGAAUCCUUGCGUUUCUACGCACAUCAAUUAUUAUCACGUAUUAUUGCAUUAUGUACCGAUGAUGCCAGGAUGUUUUUGUUGCAAGAAUUAUUGACGACGUGUCCAUUCGAACAAAUGAGAAGUGCGGCAAUAGGCAUUUUAAAGGAAAAUGUCGUUCAACGUUUGAAUCAAGCGUAUGACAAGGAUUCAGAUACGGGUGUAUGGAAUGCUAGUCAGCUGAGAGAUACGGAAAAACAAUUCCUAGAUCCAUUGAAAGAUAAAUGUACGGCGUUAAUAACGAAAUACGAAAACGAACCUAAUCAGAUGAACGAAUCAAAUUCCGAUCAAUUAGAUGAGGGUCAUUUACACCCACCCCUUUCUUCUGAUGAGGCUUCGCUAGAUAAUCAACAUUCGGAAGAUUUAUCGGAUGCAUCUCGUGAACGGGAGGGCACUGUUGAAAGGGUCUGCCAAGUUAUUGAAGAAAGAUCCAAGAAAUAA